UAUUAUUACUACUUUCUCCCGAUUCUAUUCUUGUCCCCAUACCCACCUCUCUUCUCUUCCAAUAGCCAUAGACUCGGCUUUCCACACUUGGAACGGCGUUGGGGUUAGAUAUACAAAAGGUAGCCUGGCGCAACCUUUCUUUACUUACAAUAAACAAUAAACAACGUCGAUACGCGACAUUAUACCGACGAAUACAUACAAUUCCAACGCCCUCUAUAUUUCUAUUCCGGCUGCUCAUCACGCAUCUACUACGCGCCCCGAGAAACAUUUUGCAAUCCCGUGUGAAGCUUCUAUCGCUCAUGUCGCAACGUAAUUCGUGUGUAUCUGACGACAACGGAAAACCACGAAGCAGAACGACAUCUCAACGUAAUCACAAAUCACCACACCAACAACCGCGUUCGCCGCGCCCGUCUUCUCAUAAUAAAUCAUCGCAAACCCCCACGAACUCUCAGGCGCAUAACCCAUCCCCCCUCAAGAUGGUUACUACUACUUCAACGACAUCGCAUCACCACGGCGAUGAAACUCUACAUUACUACCUGCCCGACACAAACACGCGAGAGGCAGAGUUGCAAAAGCAGGGGUGGAUGGAACCAAUAGUAAUAGACGACGAAGACUUGAUGUUUAGCGGUAAAAGCCUGAGUGCUUGGUAUGAGGAAGAGAGGAAGUCGAUCAGUAGUCCGGCCGAAGAGGAACGACGGGGUCGUCAAAGAGUGAGUUCCACCCUAAGAUCAGCGGCAGAAUAAGACAUACUUAUGCUAGCCACUCAGGUCCGACAACACAAUUCACAUACGCAUCACCAUAACCAUCACAAUCACCACCGUCAUCAUCCAAGCUCGACGACUACAUCCGGUAGUCACGAGC